AUGUUUCCAGAUGAGAAUCAAUCAAGGCUGGUUAAAGAAUUAAACUUGAAAUUUGAUUCCAUUAUUGCUGAAUUUAAAAAGGAAAAGGAAGCACUCAUUGAUAUUAAUGCCAAACUUCAUGCUAGGGUUAAAAAGUUAGAACACGAAAAGAAAAGGUUUGAUUAUAAAAUUUCAGAGCUAGAAGACACUAUUAGAGAUCUAGAUACUGAAAUUGAGGAUAUAUAUUAUCAAAGUAAAGAUAACGAUGCUAGAAUUGAUUAUAAAAUUUCAGACCUAGAAGACACUAUUAGAUAUCUAGAUACUGAAAUUGAGGAUACAGAUAAUCGAAGUAAAAAAAACAACGCUAGAAUUGCGAAAUUAGAACAGACUCAAAAAUCAUACAAUUAG